AUGAACAGGAACAAACCCGCAUUCCAAGCCGGUUUGCGUGAGAUAGAGGAAAAUCCUGAUAUGCUUCUCUACGGGAAGGACCCGGACGCCGAAGCGUUUCUUGCUCGUUUAUACAAAUUCACUCCUGGGUUACCGAGUGGUACUUCGGUGGCAUCAAAGAAUGGGAAGAGGCAUCUUGCCAGUCGACACCUCGACAAUGAGCCUCCUGCCAAACGUGUCCAUACAGAGAAACCCGUGUCUGCACCACGCGCUAUCAAUUCUUCUAGUUCCAAAAAGUCCUAUUCCAAACCGGGAAAAGCCCCACCAUCUGUUUCACAUCGGAAACCGAAGCCACAGCAAGCCCCUACACCUGCAACAACUGCUGAGGAAAUUAACGAAACGCCUGCGCCCUCCCAGCGAGUCAGUUCUCUACGUCUAAGAAUACGGAAGGGCAAAGAUGGAUUGAAAGUUUCAUCAGCUCCAACUCCAACUCCGUCAGAUCUCUCACCUGUGCUUGGCUCUUUUGCGGAAGUCAGCACACUCUCGAUCAACGACCCACUACGAAUAACGAUUAAGCAACUCCACAGCACCUGCACUACGGUUGGCAACCAUGCGGGUUCUCGAGCUGCUCCCGUGUUCUCUGUGACGACUACUACGGUCAUUCAAGCUCCUCCCACCACUCUGACGGGAGUUUGUGUGAAAUACCCGCCUUCGUCUUGCAAAAAAUGCACUGCAGUCGUCACACCCCUUCGAAGGGACGAAGCUCCUCCUUGUCCGAAGGAUGAGCUUGUCAGUCUAUCGGCCUCUAGUGACGAUUACGAAGAGACAAGGUCGACGGAUCUUGAAAGAAUUGGUACUCAUCCUUUGAAACAACUUGAGUCACACGUUUUACGACGUGAUCACAGACAAUGCACUACUGGAAAAGGGAAAGAGGUAGAAAAACCGAAGGCUUCCCUUAGUGAUGAUAUUGCUUGCCAGAAAGCAAUUUGUACUCCCUCGGAUGCAACUAAGGCAGAGGAGUUCGCUCGCAACUCCCCGAAGCCUACGUCACCCGUGUUGCCACAUGCUGGACACAUCCCUGCAGAUUUACCAUCUCCAACUAUCCCUCCUGCUGUUCCUUCCGACGUUUGCAUUACGGAGCCGAAGCAACAACAAGAACAGCAAUUACGGGAUCUGGACACAGAAGCUCGCCUGCUCCUCAUCGACCGGUCCAUCAAAUCCAGCUUGGUGCAAGAUCAUGAGGAUAUCGCUACCUGUGUGGAUCGUUUGGAAAUGCUUGAUCGUAUUUCUACCACACUCCCCGUGUUGGCUAAGUGCUGGACAGUUGUACAAACAAUUGGAAAAUGUCGGCGCUACAAGCGAUCGAUGGAAGUGAAAAUCGCUGCCCAGCGUGUCUUUAAUAAUUUCCUCCAAUUGUAUGCCACUUCGGAUAAAACCGAGCUGGACUUAGCCCUUGCGGAACUCAUGCGUCAUCAGCAACGGCACAUUAAGCAACAUGCUCAUGUCAAGACAGAUAUUCCGCCGUAUACAGGACCUAAAUCCAUGUCGGAGUUAUUCCAGGUCUCCGCUGGUGUGCUUGCCGAACGCAGGAGUGUCGGUCUCGGAACUGCACACCAGCCAGGAAUUCAGUCACCCCUAUCUACCUCGCCUGUUGUUUCCGAAAAGCUCCCGAAGUCUGUUGAUGUCUCUACUUUUCCUGCUCACCAAACAAGCUACCAGACCAUCCUCGAUCGAGUGGUCAGUUCCGAAAGGACGAUUUCCGGUCUUUCGCUGCCAAGCAGUUUGUCUGUCCGUGACAUUCCCUUACCAGCCGAGGUACCUGCAGGGGUUUCCAAGUCUCUCAUCAUUCAUGCCCCACCUACCGCACUACCAGCGAACGUGAACACAGAAGAGGAGUAUGAAGUAUUAGAUGAGUAUGAGGCGACAUCUGAAAACAAAUUGGGUUUUGAACAACUUGACAUGCUUCCACCCUCUUCCACGGCAACGGCUACCUCUAUCGAGCGUGCACCGACAUCUAUGGUUGAGACCCAAAUAAUUCCCUACGAUAUGGUUCCACCACAUAUGUUACCUGGUCCCGAUGGUUCUCUCCCUCCUGCUUUUCGCUCCAGCAAUGCGUCCUUCCCCCCGAAUUCGACUGUAGUACCUUCUUGUUCCCACAUGUGUUCUCUCCCAUCUGUCUAUUCAUCCAGUUGCCUAUCCAGUUCGGUACGCCGUCCGCAGUCAUACGCUGCGACCCCCAAUUCACUAAACACUGACGCGCCGUUUCCGCAAAUUGCUUCCAGCGUUUACAUUCCUCAUGGGUUACACAAUGAUCCUACAUGACUAUACAAACCGUACGUCCAAAGUCGAUCUGAUGUCAGUCAGAUGUCUCCCAAAAACCUGAAUCUUUGCCGCUAAAGGCGGAUUAUCGCGCUCGGCAGAGUUCACUCACUCAUCCUGUCCCGUUAAGUGCAACACGCUCUACGUCCCCUUCGUCAGGCACUAGCUUUUGCUCCCGAAAUGAUGUGAAUGAUCGCCGCAGUCGUGGCCAUAACAGUCAGCGACCUACUAAUUCUUCCCAACAUCGAACACGUAGUCCAUAUGCU